CGGAUCUACAUCUCAAAAGCUGCAAUAUCAAAUUUUCCUGAGAAAGUGAUAAGCCGCUAGCUAUUAUGUGGUUGUGCACCAUGACAUAGACUGCAUCAACUAUCAGCAGUUGCCACGCAGAUCAAGAUAAGCUACCUACCGGAGAUUCAAUUGCCAUUUUGAAUGUCAUAUAGAAGUUGCUCUCAUUCUGUAGCACACAUUUGCAUGAGAUAUAGCUUUGUUGUUGAAGGAAGCUACCUGAAAGAUUCUCUAGACUUCACUCUGAGGUGAGGUGAUGUUUAUGGGAAAAGCUUCCUUACCAGUUACCACUAUUGAUGUUUGAAUUCUUGUUGCUUGGCAUACUUGCUAUUAUAUUUUGCAAGAUCUUUGAAGAAGUUUGUUGUAAAUUCGAAUGAAUUCUCCUUGGGAUUGUCAAAGAAUAAUUGUAUCCAACAAAUCUGGUUCCUUCUACUUGGAUUUCAUGGUAUGAAAACUGCAGAAGUGUAUUCUGAUUCUCUUCUCCAAAUUCCAUGUGACUCGGUCUGAUAGUGUGUGGAAAUUGACGAAGAGUUGGGUGGAAGUUGCCAAGAAUUUUUAAGCGAUUUCUACAAAAUUGGAGAACAAAUCCAGGAAAUUUUGUUUGCAAAAGAUGUACUUGGUCUAUGAAACAAUGAAACAACGACCAUGAUGGUCCCAGAAGAGUCGAAUCGUAGCCAACUCCCGCAACCUCGCGCGACUUCGCUCGAUUAUUAUCGUUAGACUUCCAUGAUUAUGCCCCGUCUUUUAAGGAAUCGUUUCCCGUCUUUUAAGGAAUCGUUUCCAUAAAAGACGGGGCAUUGCUGUUACCUUAAAAGACGGGGAAUAAUCAUGGAAGACGACCUUGACUUGGUCUGUAUAUAUAUAAACACACAUAUAUGGCUUGUCUAUAAAAGCAACUAUAAAGCUGUGUAUUUCUGAUUAGCUCGGAUGGCAGGUUUAUUUUGUGAAAUGCUAGGUAGGGAGGGAAAUGGAAUUGGAAUUGCAAAGCAGAGGACUCCGCUGGUUCAAUGCAAGAGACAUUGUGGAGUAAGAAAGCACAAGAGACACUCGACUAGGAAAUUGAAGACGAAAAUAAAAGCUAUGAUCGAGCGUCUGAGGGCGGAGAUGAUGGAGAUUGGGGAGGAACAACGAUGCAUAAAAGAAGGGCAGAAUCAAGUGAGGAAGAAGUACGAAGAGGUUGAGGCAGAGCGAGAGCAUAUCAAGAGGGAAACAGAAGUCAUUGCGAAACAGAGUGCGAGCAUCCAAGUGCGUCUAAAUUUGAUGUUCGGAAUCUUGAAAGCAAGAGCACAAAAUGAUUUCGUUGGAGCAGCCCAACUUACUCAGUCACUACGUGAUUUAGUAAGGAAGCAGAAUGAGCGAAUGCAGUGACUACUGAGUGAUGUUACAGUUAAUAAUCUGCACUACUUUUCACUUCAUCAUAUCAAAUUUUAAGUACUAAUGUCAUUUGGGUUGUUCUUGCACUCUUUCCAUCAAUAUUAUUGUAAUCCCUAUUCAAACAAGCUUUUUAUGCUAUCCCUACCAUUUGUGUCUGUUGUGA